CUUUAACGUGCAAUUGUUGUUCCCCUUUACCCAGUGGAAAUAGACCACACAGUAUUAAGUCAAUGCCAAAGAUCCACAGGCAGCUUAUGUCCAGUCAGUGCACUGUGGGUCAAUGUGAUCACUGUGCGCGCUCACGUUGAUUGCGCGCCCUCGCUGCACGCGCUGCAGGGACCCAGCUGUGGACGAGGGCGGACAAGGACUGUUGUUGCACUGCAACGGAGCUGCCGGACUCGAGCACCAGGACCGCUCUCCCAGCCCCCAGUGACGGGACCUGCCGAAAGAAGCUUAAAAUGCGAAAGAUUCCCAAAACAAAGCGAUAUCACUUGGAAGACAAGAUGGAUAUUGUGGAUUUGUUAAAGUGUUGCUGGCAGAGAGAGUGAGGAGACAAAAGAGGGACCAACAACAACCCAGAGGAGCCAUUCUCUCAGGCCCCUGCUUUGGAAUUCAUCUCCAACAACGGAAUAAACCAGUAGGUGGAAAAUGCUGCAGGAUGCUUUGCAAGCGACGAACAAUCAGCACUGAAAGUAAAUAGCUGAGAGCAAGUGGCGGAUUCUUUCAUGCUGCUCCAAUCAUUUGGGCCUCCACCUCCUUGCAGCCCAGGAAGCCUAUAUAAUGUGCCUCCUAUUUAUUUUUAAAUCUUCACUGCCGGUUGCCUCCAAUGCAAAGAAGGCUUAGAAGAAUUUUCGGCGACCCUGUGGGCUAUAGUUGAUAGUCUGGCUUUUCUCCGGUAUUAAAAUGCAAGAAUUGUUUGGAAGGGAUCAUAUGGGAGAGUACAAGACAAUCUUCUGCAGACGAACUGCUCGAUUUCCUCGUUUUCCCAUCCCGCUCUUCCUUCUCCUUUUAUUCAUGGCUCCUCCGGCCAUUGCCAUUCACAUGGAGGCCACGGAGAGCCACAGCGAGUUCAGCUGUGAGCCCAUCCGACUGAGAAUGUGCCAGGAUCUGCCUUACAACACCACCUUCAUGCCCAACCUACUGAACCACUACGACCAGCAGACGGCCGCACUUGCCAUGGAGCCGUUCCAUCCCAUAGUGAACCUGGUGUGCAGCCCAGAGUUGAGGAUGUUCCUGUGCGCGCUCUAUGCUCCUGUGUGCGUGGUGUACGGCCAGGUUUCCAUGCCGUGUCGUGCCCUCUGCCAGCAGGCCAAGGACGACUGUCAGAAACUGAUGGACAUAUUUGGACUCACCUGGCCAGAAGACAUGGAGUGCAGCAGGUUUCCAGAGUGCGACGAGCCGUAUCCUCGUCGGGAGGACCUGGAGAAGGACUCUGAGGCCACCGAUGAGUCGUCCAUGACUGUCCAGAGAGACUAUGGUUUCUGGUGCCCCAGAGAGCUGAAGAUGGAUCCAGACUUGGGUUACUCUUUUAUGGGCAGGAAACACUGCUCUGCUCCCUGCCCUUCCAUGUACUUCAGCCAACAGGAUGUCACCUUCAUACGAUACUUCAUCGGGGUCAUCUCCAUUGUUUGUCUCUCCGCUACUUUGUUCACCUUCUUGACCUUCCUCAUUGAUGUCACCAGGUUCAGAUACCCUGAGCGCCCAAUCAUCUUCUAUGCUGUGUGUUACAUCAUGGUGUCACUGGUGUUCUUCCUGGGCUUCCUGUUGGAUGACAGUGUGGCGUGUAACUCUGUCAACCACGCACAGUUCAAAGCUUCAACCGUAACACAGGGCUCACACAAUAAGGCAUGCACCUUGUUUUUCAUGAUCCUCUACUUCUUCACCAUGGCGGGCAGCAUAUGGUGGGUCAUCCUAACCAUCACUUGGUUCCUGGCAGCUGUGCCUAAAUGGGGCAGCGAGGCCAUCGAGAAGAAAGCCCUCCUCUUCCACGCUGUGGCCUGGGGGCUUCCAGGGGGCCUGACCGUCACCCUUUUGGCCCUCAACAAAAUCGAAGGCGAUGGGAUCAGUGGAGUGUGUUUUAUAGGACUGUACGACAUAGACGCUCUACGGUGGUUUGUCCUGACCCCGCUAUGCCUCAACGUGGUGGUGGGUGUCUCUCUUCUCUUGGUGGGCAUUGUGGCUCUGAACCGCGUGCGCAUGGAGAUCCCGCUGGAGAAAGAGAACCAGACCAAACUAGUCAAGUUCAUGAUCAGAAUGGGGGUUUUCUCCGUGCUCUACCUCGUCCCCUUGCUGACCGUGAUUGGCUGCUACGUGUACGAGCACACCUACCGCGCCGUGUGGGAGACCACCUGGAUGGAGGAGAACUGCCGCCGCUAUCACAUCCCCUGUCCUUACAAGGUGGAGCAGAGCAGCCGACCAGCCACGGCCUUGUUCCUGGUGAAAUACCUGAUGAUGCUGGUGGUGGGGAUCCCUUCUGCUUUCUGGGUGGCCAGCAAGAAGACCUGCUUUGAGUGGGCCAGCUUCAUGCAUGGACGCAGACGCAAAAACAGUGGAGUGAACGAGUCCCGCCAGGUGCUGCAGGAGCAGCCAGACUUGGCACAGUCUCUGCUGCGUGAACCUAACACCCCCAUCAUCAGGAAGUCCAGAGGAACGUCCACUCAGGGUACCUCCACUCAUGCCUCCUCCACUCACCUUGCUGUCCUUGACGACCUCGACGAGCCCCUCAGAGGUCUCCACUGCCAGCCUACCUCUACCAGGAGCAAAGCAAGCAGCAGCCACAGCAAAGCCAGCUACCAUGGCAGCCUGCGCCGCCCUCGCGAUGACAGGAGCGACACUGUGGUCUACAGAGGCGCUGAGGAGCGCAGUUUCCACGGCAGCAUGUCACAUCUCAACCACCAGCCCUCUAUUCACGGCAGCCUCAAGCACCUUAACGGCAGCCAGAGGAACGUAAGCGAGGCCCCGCCUACGCUCAUCACGCAUGGAUCCACGGCGAGUGACUGCCGGGUUGUGGAGUAUGAAGGCACCAGUGCCUGAGAACUGCAAGUUAGUGUCAAGGAGAUGUUUGGUGGACAUUGGACUCCAGAAGCAGUCAAACCAUUAACAUUCCUGCUGUCAACAAUCUAAAUGGCUUUCACUCACGUGUUAACAACUUCAUUCAUUUGACUGGAGGCUGAUUGUAACCCCGGAUUUCCACUGGAUGUGUAACCGCUGUGGUGUGGAUACGUUUCCAUUCCCGUCAAUGUGUGAGUUUCCACCACCCGUGUGUCAUGGCUCUGGCAGUCCGCAGCCCUACACAAAU